UGUCACACUCCAGUACAGCAGGUGGCGAUAUGCACCCGGCCACGCCGCCAGUAAACCCAUAAAAGAAGACGAAGAAGAACUGACCAGAAUUCGGUUUAUACUCUCACGGUUUUCCUUUACCGUUUUCAGGAGUGACACAAUUUUUGAGGGGAGCUACUGACUGAGAUGUUGAAAACUCAGGAUGUAUCUGGUGUCUCUGUCUGUGGCUUCCCUGAUCAAACAUCUACAGAUCUUCUGGUUUCUGUCUGUAAUGGAGAAGAAGAGAAGACAUCAAUAAAUCUGCUGGACUGUGGGAUGGAGCUGAAACAAGAAAUCAAAGUAGAAGAAGAAGAAGAAGAAGAACAGACAGAUGAAGGGGAUUUGAUUUAUUCAGACCGGAUAAAGGUGAAGGAGGAAAGUUUGAAUGAAAUUGAGGAGAAACCUGAAGAAGAAUUUCUGAGCUGCUUGAAGAUUGAGAAGAUUUUGUCAGAUGAAGAUUCUUGUACGUGCUCUCGGUGUGGGAACAUCUUCAGUAGUCAUUCCGACCUUAAUGCACACAUGCUAAUUCACACUGGAGAAAAGCCUAACAGUUGUGAUCAGUGUGGAAAGGCCUUCACUCAUAAGGCACGCUUUGAUGCACACAUGCGAAUUCACACUGGAGAAAGGCCUUACAAAUGCGACCAGUGUGGAAAGACCUUCACUCAAAAGUCCAAUCGUGACACACACAUGAAAAUUCACACUGGAGAAAGGCCUUACAGUUGUGACCAGUGUGAAAAGACAUUCACUCAUAAGAUGUCCCUUGAUGGACACAUGCGAAUUCACACUGGAGAAAAGCCUUACAAAUGUGAUCACUGUGGAAGGAGCUUCACUCAAAAGAACUCCCUUAAUGCACACAUGCGAAUUCACACUGGAGAAAAGCCUUACAGUUGUGAUCAGUGUGGAAGGAGCUUCAUUCGUAAGAUCUGCCUUGAUGCACACAUGCGAAUUCACACUGGAGAAAAGCCGUACAGUUGUGAUCAUUGUGGAAGGAGCUUCAUUCAUAAGCACUCCCUUGAUGCACACACGCGAAUUCACACUGGAGAAAGGCCUUACAAAUGUGACCAGUGUGAAAAGACCUUCAUUCAAAGGUCCAAUCGUGACACACACAUGAAAAUUCACACUGGAGAAAGGCCUUACAGUUGUGACCAGUGUGAGAAGACAUUCACUCAUAAGAAGUCCCUUGAUGGACACAUUCGAAUUCACACUGGAGAAAAGCCUUACAAAUGUGAUCAGUGUGGAAGGAGCUUCACUCAAAAGAACUCCUUUAAUGCACACAUGCGAAUUCACACUGGAGAAAGGCCUUACAGUUGUGAUCUGUGUGGAAGGAGCUUCAUUCAUAAGAUAUCUCUUGAUGCACACAUGCGAAUUCACACUGGAGAAAGGCCUUACAGUUGUGAUCAGUGUGGAAGGAGCUUCAUUCAUAAGAACUCCCUUGAUGCACACAUGCAAACUCAUAAUGGAUAAAGGCCUUAAAGAUGUGAUGAGUGUGGAAAAAGCUACAAAUUAUAUCCUACAUCCGAGUUUCUUAACUCUGGUGUGCGAGAUAAUAAAAUAAAAAUUAUUUAUUAAUAUA